GGCACACCCUGGCACACCCUAGGGAUGAAUUUAAAACUUGAGUAUGAAUUGUACCCGCUGCACUGUUGAAUAUCGAAACCUGAAGCUGAACAUUGCGCGUGCAUGUUUGGAAGACGUAUUCAGCCAAAUUUAGGGAAUUAAAUUAUCAAAACCGAUCUUUUGUCACGAUUCCUCAAUGUUCGCGCUCGUUCAGUUUAUCAGAAGAAAACUCGGUCUCCGGUUGAAGCCGCUGGCCUCCGAAGUGCUCACAGCGCAUCUUCUGCAACGGGGUACACCUGAGUGGACGUCAUACUUUGUCAAAUACAGUGACGUGGCCAGCGACCAGCGCGGUCUGUCGCACUUCAACUGGAGCGCGGGCGGCGUCAACUACCACAUCUUGCGGACCGGCUGCUACCCGUACAUGAAGUACCACUGCUCCAGGCGGCCGCGCCAGGACCUCCGGCUGGAGGACGGUCUGUUCCGCGCGCUCAAGUGGAUCAACCUGGGCAUCCCGUGCGCGGCCUACGGGCUGGCGGCGUGCUUCCUGAUCCGGCACACGGAGCUGGUGCACACCAAGGCCGGAGUGGUGCCCAUUUACUUCCUCUAUGAGGAGGACAAGGGGGCGAUGUUCUGAGUGGGAUUUUGAAAAUGUGUCCGAUUGAUAUUGUUAGUGUGAUUCAAUGGUAACGUAAAUAUCUAGUCGAAUCUAGUUGUUGUGGGUGAUAAUGUGACAGUGUAGGAAGAGGAACGUAUGCGAACAUAUGAAUUAGCUCACGUUGAAGCGAAUAUAGCGGAUACGUUACCGCAUCGUGGCCCGCUCAGCUACCAGUCUUUCUUGGUAAUCGAUGUUAGUUACUUGACAUGAUUGUGAAUGCUCGAUUAUACUUGAGCUAAAAUGUCGCUUUUUAUAGGCUAUAGCACUCAUUUUAGGCCGAAGAACAUUGAACAACUGCUGUUCUGGAACACUUGACCUUUGCAGCUCUGAUACGCGUUUGUUUGCUGCAUUAGCCAGGUUUGAAACGGUACCGUUUUGUAAAUGCUUUUUUUUAGUAAAUAAAUGCAUUUACCCGA